ACUGGCCGAUAAAUACACAUGGAGGAGCGAGAGGAAUUCGGAACCAUAAGUUAGGUGCUCAGUUUUACAUCUGUCCGGUCGCCUACGCGCCUCUUUCUCUAACUCUCUCUCGCAAUGGCUAUCUCUCUGCAACUAUGCCGCUUCUACGUCCGCACAGACGCCUUCUCUCCGGAGAAUUCCUUGGGAAUUGGAGCUCUCGGACGUCGGAAGCAGUGUUCUGUUCGUUGCUCCGGCGGUGAGUCUCCUUCUGAUUCGGUGGCAGUGGAAUCCAAUUUCGACACCAAGGUGUUCAGGAAGAACUUCACGCGAAGUGAGAAUUAUAACAAAAAGGGGUUCGGUCGCAAGGAGGAGACUCUCGAGCUCAUGAACCAAGAGUACACCAGUGAUAUAAUAACAACUUUGAAAGAUAAUGGAAAUGAGUACACCUGGGGGAAUGUCACAGUAAAACUGGCAGAAUCAUAUGGCUUUUGCUGGGGAGUUGAACGGGCUGUCCAGAUUGCUUAUGAAGCGAGAAAACAAUUUCCGGAAGAGAGGAUUUGGAUUACUAAUGAAAUCAUUCACAAUCCAACAGUGAAUAAGCGAUUAGAGGAGAUGGAAGUUCAAAAUAUUCCUCUUGAAGAAGGGAAGAAACAGUUUGAUGUUGUUGACAAGGGUGAUGUGGUGAUUUUGCCUGCUUUUGGGGCUGCAGUGGAUGAGAUGUUGAUUUUGGAUGACAAGAAAGUACAAGUAGUUGAUACAACUUGCCCUUGGGUAGCAAAGGUUUGGAACACUGUAGAGAAACACAAGAUGAAAGAGUACACUUCGAUUAUUCAUGGUAAGUACUCCCAUGAGGAAACUGUAGCAACUGCAUCUUUUGCGGGAAAGUAUGUUAUUGUGAAGAAUAUGACAGAGGCAAUGUAUGUGUGUGAUUACAUUCUUGGGGGUGAACUCAAUGGAUCUAGCUCUACAAAGGAGGCAUUUCUAGAGAAAUUUAAAUUUGCAGUUUCAGAGGGAUUUGAUCCAGAUCGUGAUCUUGAAAAGCUCGGCAUUGCAAAUCAAACUACAAUGCUCAAAGGAGAAACGGAAGAGAUUGGAAAGUUAUUGGAGAGAACUAUGAUGCAGAAGUAUGGGGUUCAAAAUAUUAAUCAGCAUUUCAUGAGCUUCAACACAAUUUGUGAUGCUACUCAAGAGCGACAAGAUGCAAUGUAUAAAUUGGUAGAGGAAAAGUUGGAUCUUAUAUUGGUUGUUGGUGGAUGGAACUCAAGCAACACCUCACAUCUUCAGGAGAUUGCAGAGGAACGUGGAAUUCCUUCAUAUUGGAUUGAUAGUGAGCAAAGAAUAGGUCCAGGAAACAGAAUAGCUUAUAAACUGAAUGUAAGUAUAAAAGCAUAUUUUUUCACCUGAUUAUAUAGAUCUUAG